CUCAAUUCCAACCCAGCUGCUCAGGCUGCCAAACUUAACUGCCUCUGCUGUCCGUCUCAUUUUCCUAUGUAGACUAGAACUUUAAAACCUCUGUCCAAGAAAACGCCCCCAGGUUUUUCUUCUAUAAAUCCCCAAAAUGCGAAAAUUCGCAGCGGAUAAAUCCAGAAAUCUUUUAGCCCACACCAACAAUUUCACUUCCGUGUUGCAGCAUCCCACCGCUUCACUUUAUUCCUCUUCUUCUCAUUCUCAAAAAUCUCAGCUUCUUUUGCGUUUUUUGAACACCACCGCUGCUCCUAAUCCUUCUUCUUCGGAGUCUAUGGCUUCUGAUUAUUCGUCCACCCCUGUUAAGCUUGAUUCAAUCAAUCCUAAGGUUCUGGAGUGUGAAUAUGCUGUCCGUGGCGAGAUUGUGACCCUUGCUCAGAAAUUACAAGAAGAAUUGAAGAAGAACCCUGGUUCUCAUCCUUUCGAUGAGAUACUCUACUGCAAUAUUGGAAACCCUCAAUCCCUUGGCCAGCAGCCGAUCACAUUUUUCAGAGAGGUUCUUGCUUUAUGUGAUCACCCUGCGAUCUUGGAUAAAGCUGAAACACAAGGUUUGUUCAGUGCUGAUUCCAUAGAACGAGCGUUUCAGAUACUAGAUCAAAUUCCUGGAAGAGCCACUGGUGCUUAUAGUCACAGUCAGGGUAUCAAAGGACUACGUGAUACAAUUGCUGCUGGAAUUGAAGCUCGUGAUGGAUUCCCAGCUGAUCCCAAUGAUAUUUUCUUGACAGAUGGUGCAAGCCCAGCGGUUCAUAUGAUGAUGCAGCUGCUGAUACGAUCAAAGAAUGAUGGCAUUCUCUGUCCCAUUCCACAAUACCCUCUUUAUUCUGCUUCAAUUGCUCUCCAUGGAGGCACUCUUGUUCCUUAUUACCUCGAUGAAGCAACGGGGUGGGGCCUGGAGAUCUCUGAUCUUAAAAACCAGUUGGAAACAGCAAAAUCAAGGGGUAUUAGUGUGAGGGCCUUGGUGGUUAUAAAUCCUGGCAAUCCCACUGGGCAGGUUCUGGCUGAGAACAACCAACAGCAGAUUGUGGACUUCUGCAAUAAAGAAGGGCUUGUUCUUUUGGCAGAUGAGGUAUACCAGGAAAAUAUAUAUGUGCCUGAUAAGCAGUUCCACUCUUUUAAGAAAGUUGCUCGGUCUAUGGGUUAUGGGGAGAAAGAUAUUUCCUUAGUGUCUUUCCAGUCUGUGUCGAAAGGUUAUUAUGGAGAGUGUGGAAAAAGAGGAGGUUACAUGGAAGUCACUGGUUUCAGUCCUGAGAUAAGGGAGCAAAUAUACAAAGUGGCAUCAGUUAACCUUUGUUCUAACAUAUCUGGUCAGAUUCUUGCAAGCCUCGUCAUGAACCCUCCAAAGGUGGGGGAUGAAUCCUACGAGUCUUAUUCUGCUGAGAAAGAUGCAAUUCUAUCUUCCCUAGCACGGCGUGCCAAGAAACUUGAGGAGGCAUUUAAUGGUCUCGAAGGUGUGACCUGCAACAGGGCGGAAGGAGCAAUGUACCUGUUUCCUCGCAUUCAAUUGCCAAAGAAAGCAAUAGAAGCAGCAAAAGCUGUUAACACAGCCCCAGAUGCAUUUUAUGCUCGUCGUCUUCUCAAUGCCACUGGAAUAGUUGUUGUUCCUGGUUCUGGAUUUGGGCAGGUUCCUGGAACGUGGCAUUUUAGGUGCACCAUAUUGCCUCAAGAGGACAGAAUACCAGCCAUUAUUUCGCGCCUCACAGAGUUCCACAAAGGAUUCAUGGAUGAAUUCCGCGAUUGAAGAUUCUGCAAUCGACCUCCAAACGCAAGCAAAUCUGAAAUUUUCCAUGCCAAUUUUCUAAUUUCUUAUGAAGAAGGGAGACAAAAAAGGGAAAAGAAAAAAAAAGGGUAAGAGAGACCUUGUGUACUACAAUAAGGCGCUGAAGUUUUCAGUAUGUUGUAAGAAGUCUGGGCCGUUUGGUUUUAUUUUCAAAAGUCAAUUUUCAGUUUUACAUUAUUUCAAA